UAUUCAAUGAAUACAGUUAAAUUCAGAUUUUUUCUAAAAAAUUAUCAUUUCAUAUUUCUUUUAUCUCUCCCCCACUUAACCCAAUGUCUAAUUUUAGUUCACAAUUUGUUUAAAGUCAAUUUUGCAUUCGCGACUUCCACUAUCAUCGCAGCUUCCAAAUCCCUCAGCGACCAACACAUCCUCUCCAUUAUGACCUAUCGGGCAAUACAUUGUGAACGGCUGACUUUCGCCAAUAUAUUCGUGAAAAUCUUUGGAUAG